GGUACGGAAAGCGCUAUGUCGAAUUUUUCAUCGGGUGACGAUGAGGGGAUUUAUGGAUAUGCAGGGGCGUAUCCUUUUUUCGUGGCGGAUUUGGAGAGUGAGAGGGGGUUCGAUGGGGAUGUGGAUGGGGGUGCGGAUGGGAGUGGGAAUGGGAGUGGGAAUGGAAAUCAGAUGGGUAGACCAAGACAACAUGUAAGACAGAUUUCUUCGGCUACCACGUUAAUUGUGACGAGAGAGGAGGAGGAGGAUGAGCGGGAUAAGGUGAAAGUUCCGGAGAAGGUGUUGAUUAUUGGGAGGAGUGGGAAGCGAGAUGUGGAUGUGAAUGGGGAUGGAGAUGUGAGGGGGGAGAAGAAUAAUAAUGCGGAGUCGGGGUUGGGUUUGGGGUUGCAGAGGAAUACGUCGGGUUUGUCGAUGGGUGGGUUGGAGGUUUUGGUUCGAGAUGAGGAUAUUGGAGGUGUUGGGUCAGAGGGGGGAGAUGUGGCUGUGGGGAGAUUUGGGGAUGCGAAUGGGGUGGAGGAAGCUGGAGAGGGGGAGGGGGAGAGAAUCGGAAAGGUUUUGAGGUGGGAUGAAGUUGCGGAAUGGAGACAAGAUAAUGAAUUCAUCCUUACUGGUUAUCGACCCGAAACCAAAUCCUCACUGCGCUCCCUCCUCAGUAUAUUCCAUCUCCACAACGAAACAAUAAAUAUACACUCCCAUCUCCUGGGCGCGGUACUCUUUGCUCUCCUACCGCUUUAUGUGUAUCAGAUGUUGGUCCCGCGAUAUCGUGAUGCGACGAUGGCGGAUCGAGUGGUGUUUGCGCUGUUUUUUGCGGGGGUGGCGGGGUGUUUUGCUUUGAGCUUUUUAUACCAUACCCUCAAUAACCACAGCCACAAAAUCGCAUCUUUCUGGAUCGAGCUCGAUUAUCUCGGCAUCGUGGCUUUGAUGUGGGGAAGUACUGUGGCGACGAUUUAUCACGGUUUUACAUGUGAUGUUAAACUGCAGAGAAUUUACUGGUCCAUGAUCACAAUCCUCUCUCUCGCCCUAACCCUCUUUACACUACUCCCACCCUUCCGCACCCCCUUUUUCCGUCCCUAUCGCACCCUCAUGUAUGCAGCCCUGGGUCUCUCGGCUGUAAUCUUCAUCGUUCAUUCGAUUAUUCUGUAUGGGGUUGCGUUGCAAUAUAAACGAUUGAGCUUGGGUUGGAUCGCGGGCAUGGCGGGACUUAAUUUUCUGGGGGCGUUGGCUUAUAGUUUAAGAAUCCCGGAAAAAUACUUCCCAGGCCGUUUCGAUAUCUAUGGGAAUAGCCAUCAAAUCCUGCAUUGCAUGGUGGUCCUUGCGGCGCUGGCGCAUUUUGCGGGCUUGGUUCAGAGCUUUGAUUAUUUGCAUUCGGGUGGGGGGGAGGAGUGUUCUGUGAGGUAGGUUGGGGUAGGUAGAAGAUGGGAUGGGAUGGGAUGGGAUGGGAGGGGUUGAGGAAAUCA